AUGCUCAAGUUGAGAGAAGCUGCUAAAUCUUUCUAUAAAAAAGGUUUGGGGAAUGGCAGGAACACUUCUUUCUGGUUGGAUCAUUGGUCUGAUAAAGGGGUGUUUGCUGAGAUUUUAGGUGAGCGGGGUGUUAUUAAUUUGGGGAUUAAAAGGAAUGCGACGGUUGAGGAAGCUUUGUUACAUACUAGAAGGAGACGAAGACAUCGUACCAGUAUAUUGAAUGAGAUAGAAGAUGAGAUAAGUUCUAUUUCUCUUAACCCAGCCGAGGAUGACUUGAGUAUGUGGAGGCGUAGUUCUGGUUAUAAGUUGGUGUUUUCUACUCAAGAGACAUGGGAGUUGUUAAGAGAGAGAAAAACUACUUGUGAUUGGGCGUGUGUUUGGGAGUAUGUUGCUAAAGGUCUUCCAGGAAGCUCCUACACAAAGCACUGGUCUGAAAUACUGUCUGUUAUUACAGAUAAGAAAAGGGAGAAGAAGAGCUUAUUCUGCAUUCGAUAUGCUUUUCAGACGGUUUUAUACGCCAUUUGGAAAGAGCGUAAUAAGGUCACACAUGGUGAUAAAAUGAUGCCACUUCAAGUUCUGAAGAGAGUAACUGAAAAGGGGAUUAGGAAUAGACUCAGCCUUCUGAGUGUAAAGAAGAUUAAAGGGAAGGAAGAUCUUUUGCAAUUCUGGUUUGCGACAAGACAGUAA